AUGUGCUCCGUCUUUCCCUCCCUUCCCUUUCCAAGCUCGAGGAAGAAGAAAGGGAAAAAAAAGCGCCUCCGCACCGAGGAAGAAAAUCUUGAGGCCGAUCCAGACCCGCGUCGGGUCUUGAAGCAUUCGAAGGAGGAAGGGAACGAGGGCGGUAGCGGUGCGGAGGAGGGGGAGACCCCCCUGCUGCAGGCUAAGGCAGGAAGCGGGCGAAUCACGAGCAGCGGCCAAGUUGUCACAGGGUACGAGACCGAAUUCUUGCAAGAAUUACGGGUGAACGACGCCUUGAUCAUCACGCACCCGAGCACGUUGAUGGAGGAGACACGGAUCGUGAAAAUGAUCGUCAGCAACAAGGGCCUUUCCCUCUCUUCCCCCUUCUCGAGCGACUUGAUCACCACCACCCGGUUCCGCUACAUCCAUCCGCCGGAAGAAGACGAGGAAGGGGGGAGAGAAGCCCGGGAGGAGGAGCGACGGCGGCAGGAGAAGGCGGGGGAGGAGGAGAAAGCUUUUGGGACGUAUGGGGGGGCGGGGGGGUCGAAAUUGGUAUAUAGGGUGAAGAAAGCAGGGACGUACGGAGGGUAUCGGAUCGUCACGGAGGAUAUGGGGGCGAGCCUCUCAAGGACGGAGCUUUUGGAGAGGCGGCUGCAGCAUAAGAGUGACCGGCACGCGAAUUGA